UUCGGAUAAUGUGCUAUGGGUUUUUCUGAUUUUUUUUUCCCAGCACAGGGAAUACAGUGUUUACGGUUGACGUGUUCCAUCAGGACCCCGCUACUUCCGGUUCGGCAUAAACUCAUUGCUGUGGUCUCUGAAGUUGAAAACAUGUCUAAAGUCACUUUUAAAAUUACCCUGACGUCGGAUCCUCGGUUACCCUACAAAGUAUUAAGUGUACCUGACAGUACGCCAUUCACCGCUGUGCUGAAGUUUGCAGCAGAAGAGUUUAAAGUGCCAGCCGCAACCAGUGCUAUUAUUACAAAUGAUGGCAUCGGAAUCAAUCCAGCACAAACAGCAGGAAACGUUUUCCUAAAACAUGGAUCGGAGCUUCGAAUCAUUCCUCGAGAUAGAGUUGGAGCAGGUCAAUGUCCGACGAGUGUCUGAGCAAUCAGGGAUUAUUCAUCAUCGUGGAAAAGACAAACAUGCUUGUUUAUUUAUUUCCCAGUCAUGAGGUGUUAGUUUGCUUUUUUUUUUUUUAAACAAAAGCAAAAAAAAUCCCUCCUCUGUCAUCCAUUCAUGUGGACUUUCUCCCUCUCAGUGAUUCAUGUUUACUGGACAGAAGAUUUCCCAAAAAAAAUUCAGUUUGUCCAUUAAUAAUUUAAAUAAACACUUUUUUUGGCACAUUA